CUGUAAAGCGCAACUUCAAUCUCGUUCCUGACUCCUACGACCCCUGACGCCGCAAAGCAUGUCGUCUUUUAGCUUAUUUGCUAUUCUACAAGAAGAACCAUCGCCUUGAUCUACCACCACCCUGUGAUGAUCUUCCAAAUAUCUGAAGAACAGGAGGCACGAGCUUGUAUGGUAUGGACCUGGAGCCGAUCCGACACUCCCGAACGGCCACGACAGCUAUAAUAACCAACAAUCACAUAUUGCCGUUACUACGUCGACCGGAGGGGAUUCACGACCUUUGCCCACCAUGAAUUCCAGACAGGCCAGCAUGGUCACAGGCCCGUGUGAGAAUGAAGGAGGCCACAUUCUUGCGGCCACCUUGGCUGUAUCUCUCACAGCUCUUAUUACGACACUACUACGGAUCUACGUGCGGAUGGUGAUGACCCGCAACGUAGGACGAGAUGACUACACGAUGUAUGCUGCCAUGCUACUUACUCUUGUGUUCCAAGGUCUCAUAAUAGCCGAAGUAAUGUAUGGAACUGGCCAACAUCAGCAUUGCCUCGAUCCUGCGGUCAUAUCAAAGGGGCUCCAAUUGAACUUUGUCACCCAACCGCUGUCUCUGUGGACUAUUGCCCUCGUCAAGAUCUCCGUGGGGCUCUUCCUUCUCCGAAUCGCAGUCCAGCCCAUUUACCGCAAGAUUAUAUGGGGCUUUACUGUCUUCUUGAUCAUGUAUACCAUCGUCUGCACCUUUACCGUAAUCUUCCAGUGUACCAAUCCACGCGUUCUCUGGGACCCCACCGUAAAGACCACCUGUUUCCCCCCUACCACGCUACGAGCACUCGGCUUCAUGAACACGACUUUCAACAUCUUCACCGACUUUCUCUUCUCCAUCAUCCUCCCAAUCCCCAUGCUCGCCACCAUACAAGUCAACAAGCGCACCAAGUCGUCUAUCAUCUGCAUUCUCGGCCUUGGCAUCUUUGCCGCCGCCGCUGGCAUUGUCAAGGCCAGCUACCUUUCAAAUUAUGGUAAAAUGGGCGACUUCCUCUGGGACUCACGCAACAUCACCCUCUGGGUCAUGGUCGAGACCUGCGUCGGCAUCGUCGCCGCAAAUCUUCCCUGCUUCAAGCCUCUGUUCCGUCACGCCCUGCAGCUCUCCGGGUACGGCACCGGCAGCCGCGGCUUGCGCGCCAGCGGUUAUAUUCAGCAUAGUCAAAAUUAUGGACGGGGUAGCCAGAACCAGCGCAGUCAAGGGAACCGCUUUUCAGCUUUUGCACCCGCGAUGCCACGGUCGCAAGGGGCAAGUACAACAGAGGAGGAGUUUGGUAAAGGUGUAGGCGACGAAGUGCACAUGAUGACACGAAUAAAGGGGAACGUCUCUGGGAGCGACGGGGACAGUCGUCUGAGUGAUGAAAGUCUAAACAUGGACGCGGGAAGAAAUGGCAUCGUGAAGACGGUGGCGACGACAAUAAAUUAUGUGGAUGUGGAGAAGGGCGUUAAAGCUGAAGAGAGGGUUUGAGGACUCAGACAGGUAUUGUCUCGUAUGCACUGCUUUUGAUUGUAUCAAUACAUUUAUGGAUGAUACCAAGUAUGACAUGAUCCUGAUAAGACCCGCUUCAUGGUGGUCGGAUCAUCGGAUAUCUUUUCCAGAGCUCGAGGAUGGGCUCACGACAUAGACUUUUACUUUGUCUUGAUGUAUGAAAUCAUGGAGGGCAGUCCCUUAACGAUGCAUGCGAGAUGUAUGUCAUACAAUAGAGCCACUAUAAAAGAGGCAAUCACAGGAC